UUAUCCGCGUCCAUGGUGAUACACACGAUGUUAUUGGAUUUUGGCAGUGAAACUUUAGCAGCAAGGCUACGACUUAGCUAGCUGAAAAGGUUUGUUUCUUGGUAUAAAGUGGUACAUUGGAGAAGGAAUCAUGGUGGACGAAGUGUAAAUUUAAUUGGAUAUAUUUCCUGUAAAAUUCAUGGAAAAUGUAUCCAGGUCAUUGGAAUGGUAGCACAAAUCCAACCAGAUCCUGUCGCUAAAAAAACUUGUCAGCAGCAGGGCAUUGAUCAAAACAUUAACACACGAGUAUCGCGGCUUUUGCCCCGGGACCAUUGUUAUUGUUGUAGCCUAACCACCAGGCCUGUGGGCCUUGGCUUGGGGUUGCAAUGAUGAAGGUGAAAACUGGAUCAGAUUCUGCGCGUUCGAGUGGUGUUAUAACUGCACACAACAGAUUUACUUUUGAAACUGAGUUAACAUUUGCACCAAAACUAAAUGCCACAAGUAUUCGAUUGGCAAAGGAGAGACAGUCAAAAUACAAUCCCGAACAACAACGUUUGGUCUCCUCUGUUGGUGCUGUGCCAGCAGUGGUAAAUCGUGCAGUUAAUUCCACUCCAAAUCUUGAUUUUAGUUUUAAGCCACGUAUGAGCUCAACUAGCGUAAGAAUUGCAGAAAACCUUGGAACAACAUUCAUGGCCAGACAGGAACUCCACCUACAAAAGCAGAGGCAAUUGAUUGAACAAAGUAAAGUUCCACCAUUCAGAGCCAGAUUAUCACCAGUGACACUUCAUCGAGUAAAGAAACAAAAGGAGAAAGAGAAUGUCAACAGUUCUCAGCAGUUAGCUUGGGGCACUCCCAAUUCAACCCCAAACAUUCUCGACUGCGGAAGAAAACACACCGAUCUAGAUGGCGUUAAAGUCGGAAUUGUCGGCUCUGUCUCCAUGCAUUCCAAUAUGUUAAACCCAGUAAGGUCUUCCAAGCAUCAGCUUCAAAGGCUAACAGAAGGUCCCUACUCAUCUACUGGGUCAUCAAGUGCAAUGAAGAAACAAAAACCAGUCUUACCAAAAACAAACCCUUCAGGAUUUCAUAAAAGGAGUACCACCCACCCUCCAGAAGACACCGAGAAUGCGUGCAGCACUAACCAGCAUGUCCGAAGUAAAACAGCAUCAUCUCCUGAAAUGAGCCCAAGGAGGUCAAAGUAUAACCUGAAACGACUAAGCAACAGUGGUUCUCUCACAUUCGACAAGAUGCAAACUGCAAAAAUUUGUGCAGAAAAAGCAAUUAAGUUGAAGAAGGUAUUCUCAAUUCAAGGCCCAUACCCUGUUGUCCGUGAGUGUUUGAGGAAUCGUGAGUGGGUUGAGAAGCAGUAUCGCAGCAUGGCUCCACACUCUCACAAGGCAAAGAAAACCGCAACCAGCGAUUACGAUUCUGACGACUCAGAUAAUGAUGAUGAUCAAGAUCAGGAUAAUGGUUGUCAUGGUGAUAGUGAUGAUGAGGAAAAUUUUCCAGGCGACUCAGAUGGCUUGUAUGGCACAAUGUCACGUGUUGUACGCAAUGCUACUCCCAACUUCAUGUGGACUUGUCGAAGGGAUUCAAUAGAUUUCAAAUUACUACGGAAAGACACAAUCGUUAAUCAUUUUGCAAAGAAUGGAUCUUUUACUACAAAGGUUGGUCUAUGUACAAAUCUACGCAACUUACAUUGGUUCGAUAAUCUUAAUCCAGAUGAGUUCUUCCCUAGAUGUUACAAAGUGUGCAAUGAUGAAGAAAGAACUGCUUUUAUAGACGAUUACAGACUCACAGCAGCAAUAAGUAUACUGAAAUGGGUCGUACAAAACCGUGAACUAGAUAUAAAUUUAGAAGACAUGAUGUUAGAUGAAAAGGCAAAGUGUCAAUCACCCGAAGCCACUCCACACCCUCAAACAAAUGAAAGCAGCAAAUGCUCUCCUAAAGUGCAAUCACCAAAAACUAAAAAGAAAGAAGAGAAAAAGGUCUUACAGCCUGCCUUGGUAGAGACGGCUCAGAAAGUCGUUGAGACAUUUUUAGGAGAACGUGACCACGAAGAUAUAGAUAUUGGACUGGAUACCCCACCAGUUUUAACAGCUAAAGAAUGGGAAGAUUUUAUACUACAGUACUAUCAAUUAAUAUUUGAUGAUGGCAUUAUAAGCGAGGCAAGCCAACACAUUGAUUAUAGCCAGGCCUUGCUCAACCGUCUCAGGAAUUACUUACCACAGAUUGACUUGGAUGGAGUUAAGAAUGUAUGGAUUAUCAAGCCCGGAGCAAAAUCACGAGGGAGAGGAAUAAUGUGUAUGAAUCGACUAGAAGACAUCGUAAAGCUAGUAGGGAAUCCUAUAGUUCAAAAGGAAGGAAAGUGGGUUGUUCAGAAGUAUAUAGAGCGCCCUCUAUUGGUCUACAAUACAAAGUUUGAUAUUCGGCAGUGGUUCUUAGUGACGGAUUGGAAUGCAUUGACUGUUUGGUUCUAUAAGGAUUGUUAUUUGAGGUUUUGUACACAGCCAUAUACGCUGGAUGACUUUGAUACUGCGAUUCACCUGUCUAACCAGUCGGUACAGAAGCACUACACUAACAAUCCAACACGCUGCUCCGAACUGCCUGAGGACAACAUGUGGACUAAUACUCAGUUCAUUGAGUAUCUGGAGGAGAGGGAUUGUGGCAACGUCUGGAUGGACUUGGUUUAUCCAGGCAUGAAGAGAGCGAUUGUUGAUGCGCUCCUUUGUGCUCAGGAUAUUGUGGAGCCAAGAAAGCAUUCCUUUGAGGUAUAUGGUGCAGAUUUCAUGUUGACCGAAGACUUCAAACCCUGGUUAAUUGAGAUCAACUCGAGUCCUGCAAUGGGAGCAACAACGAAGAUCACAGAACAGAUGUGCUUUGAUGUUAUCGAGGAUACCAUGAAAAUUGUGUUAGACAGGCGUCAAGAUAAGUCAUGCGACACAGGACACUUUGAACUUGCAUUUAAGCAGCCUCAAGGUUCUGCCCCACCUUAUAUUGGGAUGAAUUUAUCAGUUGAGGGAACCGCAAUCAAGAAACCAGGUUAUCUAUCCCGACAGAAAAGCACUGCGAACAUGUUUACUUACCGCAACCCGGAUUCAAUGAGACUGCAUACGGAAAGAACAAAAAUCAUGAAGGAGUCUAAAGCAGGCAGAGAAAGCAGGGAUAUGAAGGAAGCACAAAUGAGCAAGUCAACCACAAGUUUAGAGGAGGUGCAGAAAAAGCUUGCAGCAUCGACUUCGCAUACGUCGAUCAAACAACCAAAUACAACUGGUUCGCACCGAGAUAGCAACCAUGACUCGCAUUGCACAAGCAGCACAAUAAGUGGCGCUUGGGGUCAUACCUGCAGCUUGUGUGGUAGUGGUAACGGUCUCAAAUUGGACCUGGAUGAGGAUGCCGUGAGGACGUGCCCAUGCAGAAGGGACAGUGUUGUCACACCGGUGUCACCAGAGCAGGACCGCGACGGUGCCUGCCUCUCACCAGAACUGAUUAUGCGCAGUGGCACGUUCAUUAGUAAUAGGCAUGGUGACUUGAUAACACUAAGUGGACAUGAUCCGUUGGUGGGCGUUCACAAAGUCGGCAACGCAGGCUUUCUGAGGACUAAAACACGGCCUAAUGUUAAUAGAAUUAGAAGAGAAAAUGCCGGAAUCUUGAAGACAAGUGAUAUAAGUCUAGUCGCUUGCAGUGGAAGUUUUCCGCUGACUUUCACAAAUCAUAUGAUCAUGCGAGAAUAAGAAGAAACCUUUAAAAUUUGUAAGAUACAUGUUUUCUGUGAAUAUUGUAAAGUACAAAUAAAUAUAGGACUACUAUUCUGUUGUUAUUGGUAUAUGAUGGUGCUUGGAUAUUUUCGUAUCAUUAUUUUUUCAAGUCGUAAAAAAUGUAAUUUGAUAAGGAAUACAGCUUAUUUCUUUAGGUAUCACAAAGUAUCAUAAUGUCACAGAAUAUUUUUUUAUGGAUAAAGCAGAAUACUAUUUUCAAAAUAUUAUUUUUGAAUUUGUUGGAUAUUUGAGGUAUAUCUGAAUGCGAGUUGGGAAUAUUACCACAAAGUUAUGGCAUUAUCUCCUGGUACUUCCAAUUACUUAUACUCUGGUCUCCACAAAGCGAUCCUGUCAUUUAGAAAUGAAAUGAAAACUGGUUUUCUAAAAAUAGAUAUCCAUUAAAAUUCAGUAAAACUUAGCAGAAUUAAAUAACUAUGUUAAUUUCAAACAUAAUUGGUUUUGGUAUUUUUUUUAAAAUAGAAUUGUGUUAAGCUUUGGUACAGAGAUUUCUUUUUUUUUUGUGGUGAUAAAGAAUAUAGAAAUCAUGUAAAAAGUUUAUCACUUGCUUUUAUUCUAAAGAAAUUUUAAAGAAAAAUUAAAGAAAUAAGUUGAACUACUGUAUGUUUACCUAUCUUGUUUGGUAUAUUAUACAUUCCGCUUUAAAUUCCAUUAGUGUUUGUUUUCCCUAAGUGAAAUGUAUUAAAUAAAAUUGAUUUUGGUGUGUGAGCUACAAUCUAAUAUUUAUACCGUACUAUGUAAAUGUGUCUGUGACAAUCAUAAUACAUAUACUGUAUAUAAGUUUCAAUUGGUCACAGGCUUGCAGUUCCUUUAUCUGCAUUUUCCUCCUUCAUACUAGAGUAUAAAUGGGUACUUGGGUAAGGGGGAAUAAUUUAGAAUGCAAAUUUGGUAGUGCUGUAUAACAAGUAACGCCAAGAAUAUUUUCCAUGGACACUGGUGGCGUCAGCGUUAUCCCGACAGGUGGUCCAUUGUUUCCAGACAGAUGAAUCGCACACAUCUCAGUUCCACAUGGUUUGGGGCUAUGAAAAAAGAAAUUCAGAUUACAUUACCUCUAGAUGCUGGCAAAUAGCAUUUUGAGGCGACUUGUCUCUGGCUUAGAAAAUUAUUCUAAUUAUUUUUACCCCUGACAGAUUUUAUGAUGAUUGUCCAACGGUUGGGCAAUUGUCCCUCGCGACUGGCGUCGGCUAGCCCAAUAGCCGGUGCCACCACUGUUUCCAUGGAAUGUGAUGAAGGUUGUACAUUGUAAAAGAUUGGUUCUAAUAUUCAAUGACUGUAGGGUAAUUAUGUGCUUUGUGAAAUAAAAG